CAUUAAUUCUGAUGCCGGCCUGCUAGAUCUCCGAUACCAAUUCGUAGCUACUAGCGGAAUGGACCGCCUUCCUGGUUUAUCAUGAGUCAUGUACGGCCCUACUCCGCCUCGACCUAAGAAAACCAACAUCACCAGAAGCCGGAAUGGUUGCAUUCCUUGCAGGAGUAAAAAGCGAAAGUGUGACGAGGGCAGCCCAAGUUGCGGGCUUUGUUCACGGCUGAGAAUUACUUGUUCAUACCAAAGAUUUUUGGUUCGAUUCCAAGACACACGAAAUAAGCCGGAACGAACAAGAAAGGCCCAUGGCAAUGGUGAGCUCGUGACGAGUCUCACCCGGAUGGGAAAUCCUCUGCGUGCACUCAAGGACCAAGCGCCCAGCAAUAGAGGCAUGCAGCCUGAAUAUCACAUAAGUGGGUCAGAACAGAUUUUCUCUAAUCAGUACUUGGCACAUGUCGUCGACUUACUGCCGGUCAGCGUACGUCCUGUCGUUUGCAGAUUGUCAAAUCUGCCGGCCCUAUGUAAUGCUACUGUGGCAUUCUCUGCUGCUCGCUUUGCUUAUUCUUUGGGUACUCCGUACCAUACACAAUCGAAGACACUCAUCCGGCCAAAUCGACAUUUCUUCAUCCAGUCACUAAAUUACUUUAGUCGGGCUAUCAGACUGAUACAGCGGAAUUCCAGCCAAUUAGAGGACGUCUUUGCUACCAUCAUCUUCUUCAUCCUUUUUGAAAAUGUGGUUGGGACCGUCAGCAGUUACUACUGUCACCUGCAGGGACUUGAAACUCUUACACUUUGCUACCAUCACACUUUAUCGGCAACGCCUAAUGGCCAACUGCUGCUGCGAGCGAGCUUUUUCACCCUUGCAAAAGGCGCUCUUUUUCUCGGCCCAUUACAUUCUCUACGCAGGGGAGAUGUUGUUCACCGCGAGCUUGACACUCUGGCAGAGCGGCUUUGUUCACGCCAAGAAAUUUUAUUCUUCAUGGUGGUGGACGUGGUCCGCAUUUCGUCCAGUUUGCUCCUUGGGGAGUUCAUACGGUGUCCCUCGGAUAACCUACAGCGGGUGUUACAAAAGAUGUGUGGAUACGGCAACCCUAAUCUCUUGGUAAGCUCGGCGUUGGAGGCUUGUGAGAAGCUCACAAGUCUGCGGAGACGUAUCGACAUUCUUUUCGCUCAAUCAGCUCCUCUCUACAGCGCUUUCUCUCAGUGCACAAGUCACCCAGCUUUUCAUGAGAUGGAGUUUAGUUUUACACAUGACAACAUCCCGCCGAUUACUUUCGCAAGUCAUGAGGAGGCAAUGGCCUGCGCAAUGUACGCGCUAGUUCAGAUCUACUGUGACAUACAGCUGCUUCAAUCCUUACUCGACGGAUCAACCGGACCAGUCAAUUCAGUGUUAAAUGGAUGGGCUAAGAUCAUUCUGGGGAUUGCAAAGGGAUACGAUCCACCGCGGUACCUAUACGAGGAAAUGUAUAAUAUGAACAUGUGCUGGAUUCUUGGGCUAUUGUGCCUGCGCUGGCCCAACCCUGAUAUUUUAACCUACCUCGCUCAUACCGUCCUACCACAUCUGAAAUCAACCACUCCCGCAGUAGAAGAUACUGCUGGGGCUUUGCUGCUCUUUGAGGUGAUCAUAGAAAUGCUAUGUUCCCAGAAUGCGCGAGGUCGUAAAGUCUUCGCAGUACAUGUUGUGCACGAGGAUCCAGUCGAUUCUAAUGCAUUCCUCUUGGUUAAUCGCUCGUUACAUUUCGCGAUCCAUGGAUACGGUGAUGAUGGAAGCUUUUUCAGCGACUACAUUCCUGCUCUACAUUAGGGUUUCAAGACAGGAGCGAUACUACCUUCAAAUCUACUAGAUUCCAGCCGCACCGCUGAGAGGGAUGAGGUUUUAUAAAAUUUCAAAAUCGAACAUUUUGUAUCAUCCAAGCAAAGUACGGAUGCUGUGAAUAAGAGAUGUACUACCUGCGGAAUAUAGGCCGAUCAUGAUUUCAAUGGGUGAGCUCGCGCAAUGCUGGUAGUUUCUCACUCCAUUUAUUGCAUACUUAAUUCAAAGUCGGC